CCUGGCUGCUGUUUAUCUUCAGCUGCACUUUAAUUGACAUGCAGAAGAUUUCAGCGCUUUUCGUUACGGAUAUCAGCGUGCCGGAGAUAGUGGACUUUCGGGACAAUGUAACGCUGUCCUGCAGCUACGAUAUGAGCGGCCACACCUUGAACUCGGUGAAGUGGUACAAGGACCGCCUUGAGUUCUUCAGAUAUACGCCGCUGAUGCGUCCGGUUUACUUAACAUUUCCCGUGGCCGGCAUUCAAGUGCUCGAUGGCAAGUACUUUUGCAACGAGUCCACGUGCCGCGUGGAUCUUAGCCUGCUGGGCGCAAAGUCCACGGGCAACUUCAAGUGCGAGGUGAGCGGGGAUGCGCCGCACUUUAAGCUGGCCGCCAAGGAGGACAACAUGACGGUCGCAGCCUUGCCGCAAAGUGACCCCCUCAUAGAGGGCUUCAACUCGAUGUAUCGCAUGGAGGAGUUUCUCAGUGCCACCUGCUCCUCGGACUACUCCAGUUUGCCCACAAAGCUCACUUGGUAUAUCAAUGGAGAGCAGCCAAUGCUGGGGGAGUUGCAGCCAAGCAUCGACACGAGCAUACCCGCCCACGACUAUAUACUGCGCCGACAGCGACUCCAAGUGCACUUUUAUCUGCAGGGACACCGCUUCUAUCUGGUCAGUAAGAUACUCGAGCUUAAGUGCGUUGCGGAAAUCGAAAACUAUCCGGAGCUGCGCCGCGAGACCACGCUCAGUGCAUCCGUCACGGAAUUUGAUAAUUUGAACAAUCAAAUGCUGAGACACGCAAUCACAAAUUCAUCUGCUGCAGACUCCAGAAGCUGCCACUGGCAAAGGACUUUCUUAGUUUCGAGUCUUUGUGUGUUAAUUCUAGCCACAAAAUAUUCACAACGCGAAUCAUGAGCAUUCACAUCGGUUACGGAAUUGCUUCAGGCUUGGUCUCAGGCGACGGAAACUUUGGCAACUAUAUCAACAAAUUAGUUAGGUAGUAAGUAGAGAUGUCUAAUAAGGAUGACCAGCCGAAAUGGACUCAAGGUAAUGGGCAAUUCAUAUGGCAAGAGCCGGCUAUGUGGGCAAACUUAUGUUUGUUUGUGCCACUUGUACAUAAUAAGGGCGGGUCAGUUGUAGGAGGCGUGGAAAGUCAGCAUACUAAACACAUACACCCUAUAUAUAUAUUAAAAACAAAUAUAUUAAGUGUGUAUUAGAGACAAAAUCAGAACAGGAAAUGAAGUCAUUUAAUGCAUU